UGAUUGAGAGUGCCGUGAGGGGGAGAUCUGAUCCUCUUUCUCUGUCAAAGCUCUUAGUGGUAAAGCUAACACGUCUGUUCUAAGACUGGUACCCUGUGGACCUCUAUAUGAUGGUUUCAAGGGGAAAUUUUGUAGCCGUAGUACGGAUCAGUCCUCUCUGCAUUGCAGCAGUGUGGUUGAGGAAAGCAGGGAGCAGAGAGCCCGUGUUGCACACCGAGCCCCGGCACCCAAUCAGGUACCUCCGUCUGCUACCCGAGCCAAUCGGUGGCUCGCAGCCGAGGUUAAAGAUUGACAAUUGCAGGAGAGAACAGCAGGGAGAGAAGGCCUUCUGGGAAACCUGGACCCAUCUUUUUCUCCCACCCCAUCAUUCCCUGGCGUUCUCAGUUAUUGAUAAAGAUAAAAGAGCAGGCCGAAGAUUCUGCGAGUGAGGGAGGAGAGAAGUGUUAUAAAGGAGGAGGGGAAAACGGAAAACUACACUGAAGCAGAAGAAAUGGAGAUCUCCACAAGAUCCAAAGAUGCAGGAUCAACAGAGAGGCUGGCCCAGAAGAGGAAAAUCCCUAGUCCUUCAAACUCAUCCAGUGGCCACUCCCCUGCUGAAAGCUCACCCUGCCCAGUGAAAAAGAAGAAAAAACCCGGAGCUGGUAGCAGCACCAAGGACCAGUCUGAGCUAAGACACGGUCCCUUUUACUAUGCCAAGCAGCCAUCACUCACCACAGACCCUGUUGAUGUUGUACCGCAGGACGGCAGGAACGACUUUUACUGCUGGCUGUGCCACCGCGAGGGCCAGGUGCUCUGCUGUGAGCUCUGCCCCAGGGUGUACCACGCCAAGUGUCUCAAACUGCCAGCUGAGCCCGAGGGCGACUGGUUCUGUCCAGAAUGUGAGAAAAUAACUGUUGCUGAGUGUAUAGAGACGCAGAGCAAGGCCAUGAUGAUGCUCACUACAGACCAACUUUCUUAUCUACUUAAGUUUGCUUUGCAGAAGAUGAAGCAACCAGGUGAUCAUCCGCGCUUGUCAUCUCGCUCCCCACAUGCAGCUUCCUCGCAGAGAAAGACUUUUAAUUGGACUGAACCUUUCCAAAAACCAGUGUCUCUUGAACAGCAUCCGGAUUACGCAGAGUAUAUAUUUCAUCCGAUGGAUCUUUGCACACUUGAGAAGAAUAUCAAAAAGAAAAUGUACGGCUGCACGGAGGCCUUUCUGGCAGAUGUUAAAUGGAUUUUGCACAAUUGCAUUAUCUACAAUGGAGGCAAUCACAAGCUCACAGCUACAGCUAAAGUGAUAGUAAAAAUCUGUGAACACGAGAUGUAUGAGAUUGAAGUGUGUCCUGAGUGUUACCUGUCCGCCUGCCAAAAGAGAGAAAACUGGUUCUGUGAGCCAUGCAGCCACCCGCACCCUCUCGUAUGGGCCAAAUUGAAAGGAUUUCCGUUCUGGCCUGCUAAAGCGUUACGGGACAAAGACGGACAGGUGGACGCUCGCUUCUUUGGCCAACAUGACAGGGCCUGGGUUCCUCUGAACAACUGCUACCUCAUGUCCAAAGAGAUUCCCUUUUCUGUGAAGAAGACCAAAAGCAUUUUCAACAGUGCCAUGCAAGAGAUGGAGGUCUAUGUGGAGAACAUGAGAAAGAAGUUUGGCGUGUUUAACUAUGCCCUCUUCAGGACGCCGUACACCCCUGACAAUAGCUUCCAGCUGCUUCUCGACCCUUCAAAUCCCUCGUCCACCGCCGUAAAACCCGAGAAACCGGAGAAGAUAAAGCUGAGCAUCGAUAUGUUGGCGUCGCCCAAGAUCACCCUGACCAGGGCGGUGCUGUCAGGACUGGGAGGAAGCACAACGGGACAGCGGCAUCCUCUCGGAGACGGGCAGCGGUCCCCCAUGAGCACCAACUCCUCUGCACAUGGUGGCUCCGAUGGGGAGCAGGAAACGGCAGACAGGACGCAGACCAAAUCUGCAAACAGCCAGUCCAGUGCAGGAGAAGAGUCCACUGACUGCACAGGAAAUUCCCUAGACAGCUCGAAACCACCCCACUCUCAGACUCCUGACACAUCCAAGCAGGAAAAGGCGCCACAGACCGGAAGUAUUCUAAACCUUAAUCUAGAUCGAAGUAAAGCAGAAAUGGAUCUAAAGGAGCUCAGUGAGACGGUUCAGCAGAAACAGGGAGCCGCUCCGGCCCUCACCUCUCCAAAAAGACAGAUCAAGAGCCGCUUCCAGCUAAACUUGGACAAGACAAUUGAGAGCUGCAAGGCACAGUUGGGUAUUGAUGAAAUCUCGGUGGACGUUUAUAAAGGUGUGGAGCACAGCGACUCUGAAGACUCUGACAAAUCCGACUCCAGCGAGAGCGAGUACGCCACAGAUGAAGAGUCAAAGUCUAAGCCUGGCCAAGACUCUGCCGCCAAAAGGGAGCCGCAGAAGGAGCCCACUAGGAGUAAAGCGAAAGAGCAACCUUCUGUAAGCCAGACGGAGAAAGACAAAGCCGACCCACUUGUGCCAAACACCAUGGAUGAUUCCAGUGCGUCUGUGUCUGAUGGCGAAACUGAACAGAAAACGAGCACCGGUUUGGGUAAAGAGAACCCAGAUAUGACUGAAGCAGCUCUAGAAGCCCCGGUGUCCAAGGAAAAGUGUCAGGUGAAACUAAAGGAGGCAAAGCAGACAGUUCCCACCGAGGACUCUGACUCAGAGAAGGAGCUGGUUAUCGAUCUUGGGGAAGAACAGCAGGGCAAGGAGAAAAAGAGAAGCAGAAAAGACAGCACUGUCAAAGAGUCAACUGUUGGGAAAUCUGAAGGAAAAGCUUUGACCACAUCAGGGCUCCCGUCGUCAAACUCCACCGCCACUUCCACAUCCUCCGGCGUUUCCACGCAGUCUCUGAUGGCCCUUCCUGUCACUAUGGUCACAUUCACUACUUCCUCUCCCGCCACAGUCAGCCACUCGUCCGUCUCCAGCGCCGCCACAACGCCGUCAUCUUCCUCAUCGGUUUCAGCUGCACCAGCUUUGAAGAAACAGCGCCCUCUGCUGCCCAGAGAGACGGUGCCGGUGGUUCAGCGAGCCGUCGUGUGGAGUCCCGCUGCAAAGUUUCAGACGUCCUCCCAGAAGUGGCACAUGCAGAAGGUGCAGCGGCAGCAGCAAACCCAGCAGCUCGUCGUAGCCCCACAAACGCAGGCAUCCUCGCCCAGACACAGCCAGGCCCAGGUUCUGACCCAGACACAAGUAGCGGGAAAUGGCUCUGCGGCGGUUCCUUCGUCGUCGUCCUCAGCGCAGCAGUCCUCACAAAGCUCUCGCUAUCAGACGAGACAGGCUGCCAAGACUGUUCAACAAAAAGACCCAUCCAUCAGCACGUCCACACCUGCUGGUACUCUGGUACCUAGCAGUCCAGCUUCUGUUACCAUGGUAGCUCCUUCAGGUUUGGGCACACCUGCGUCAUCGCUGGCUGGAACAGACCCGUAUAUUCCCACUGCCUCGGCAGAUGUGGCUGCAGACAUUGCAAAAUAUACAAAUAAAAUAAUGGAUGCAAUUAAAGGCACAAUGACUGAGAUGUACAAUGACCUCUCUAAAGGUUCUUCAGGGAACACAAUAGGAGAGAUAAAACGGCUGAGAAUUGAAAUAGAAAAACUACAAUGGCUACAUCAGCAGGAGUUGUCUGAAAUGAAGCACAAUCUCGAGCUGACGAUGGCAGAAAUGAGACAGAGUCUGGAGCAGGAGAGGGAAAGGUUAAUGGCCGAAGUGAAGAAGCAGAUGGAGCUGGAGAAGCAGCAGGCUGUGGAUGAGACCAAGAAAAAACAGUGGUGCGCAAACUGCAGGAAGGAGGCCAUCUUCUACUGCUGCUGGAACACCAGCUACUGUGAUUACCCAUGUCAGCAAGCCCACUGGCCAGAACACAUGAAGUCCUGCACUCAGUCAGCAACCGCCCCACAGCAAGAACCUGAGGCUGAGCCAAAGGCAGAAGUGCCAAACAAAGGUGCAGGGCAGACAAGCAGUGGCCCUAAUACCCACAGAGAUGCCCCAGUGUCUGGCUCUUCAGACAAAGACUGUGACACAGAAAAAAGUACUGAAAAUGUUGCUGUGACCUUGUCAUAACCCAACAUGAAAAUGUAAAAUUAUGUAUGUUUUACUACUAUGUUGUGUCUGAGCUGUUUUAUGUUGGAUGCCUUUCCAAAAUUAAGACUUAGUUUACCGUUAUUUAUGGACUUUUCAAAAACAUGUUUGCUGCUCUAUACAUUAAGCUGUUAGUGUAAAUGAUCUAAGAGCAUGCAUUGGUCUCACAAAACAGAAAUAUGCAUAUAGCUCAAUGGAAAGCCUUUAUACAGUUAUAAAAUAUAGCCUAUGUUAAUGAAUCUUAAUGAAUCAUAAGUGUAGAUUGUACAGACUGGGUGGCAAAAAAAUUCAAUUGUUUUUGUAAUCUUUGUUAUUCAGCUCUUAUUUGAUGUGUUAUUCUAAACGUCAAUGAGUAUGCUAGGGUAUUUUCAGUUACUGUAUGAUGAUCAAACGGGUUUUUUUUUAUUCUGCAUUUAAAUACAAUUUCUAUUCAUACCUUAAGUUCCAAAGAAAUAUAUCAUGCUAAUCGCUAGCUUGUUGAAAUAAAAAAGCACAAUAUUCUGCA